AAGAAAGGGGGUAUUUAUGGAUGAUAAAGAAAGACUACACAAUUCUUGUGGUAAAUCCCACGCAAAGGCACAACCUUUAGCUUUUAGCUGCCUCCAAAGAUACCAUUUUUCAUAGUUUCUUCAUUCUCUGUAAUCUUGAUUUUUUUUUUGUCCUUUUUAUCUGUGUUUAUAAUGGUGGGUGGGUAGUCAGUAGUGUAAUGUAAAUAUCCAUUAUCCAGUUGCAUUUAAUUUGAUCGCUCUAGGAUCAGUAAAAACAUGUCCUGUUCUUUCUUGUUUUAUUCUUUCACCUUCCUAGAAUUCUUGUCUGCCUUUGCUUCUGAUAAAAAGAAGCUGUUUUUUCUCAAUGGAGUUAUGUUGGUCUCUUCCUUUCUUGUAAGUCCUUCGACUCUCUCUCUCUCUCUCUCUCUCUGUGUGUGUGUGUGUGUAUUUGAGAGAGUGUGUGUGAGAGAUCUCCUUGUCAAAAUGGGGUUCUUGAGAUUCAAUGUCUGUUGUAAGGAUUUUUUUUUUUUGUUUUUGAGUGAUUUCUUAUAAAUAUUUUUUUUAUUUUUCUGUUUAUGUGUUUUGUUUGCAUGCAGUUCCUUAAUGGUGUGUUGGUCAAAAGCAAAAAAGGAAAAAGCUUUACAUGUAUCAUAAGCGUUAAGCUCCAGUAUAGUGUAGUUUUAAUGGGUUCUGUUGCAAAUUUUCUUCUAAAAGAAAAUAAAAAUACAAUCUUUUUGUGGUCUUAAAUCUUAGCCAUUUCAGUUGUUUAGCCUGGGACUGUUUAUCUGUCUCAUAAAUUAGUUUUCUUUGUGUACUUUUAUUCUAUUACAGUUUUAAAAAAAUAGAAUAUAAGAAAAGGACAAGAUUAAGGAAACAAUAAUGAUUGAGCUCACAAGACUAGGUCAGUAAUACAUUGUUUGUUCUGAAGUGUUCUGUUUGUUCUCAUUAGCUGAUUACUGAACUGUUUGGCCAGCUGAAUAAAAAUGUCAUCUUUUACAGUUGGAUUAGUAAAAUGCUACUUCAGGCUGCAAUUUUAUUCUUACUGAUCAAGAUUGAGACUAGAGAAAAUUAUGCUAUCACUGCUAGCAUUUAGCACUUUUGUCAUGAUUAUGCAUUAUGGUUGCAAACUCGUAUUAGGUUUUAGCACUUGGAUCUCUGGUACUGCUAGUGAGUGAUUUUGGUAAGUAGAAGCAGAUCACAGGAAAUGUAGAGAAAUUCUUUUUUACCAAUCUCAGCAAGUGUUGCUUUUUUGAUCUUGAACUAGGCUAGCACUCAACCAAGAAGAAGUGCCUAGUUUGGGAUCCUAUAAAGCUAUUUGCAGCGGAUUCUUGGGAUAUUAGUUACUCAAUGAAAGAGGAACUAACUGGAUUCUUAAAAAAUGAUGUAAUGUAAUGAAGGAACUGAGAUCUACGAUACAGCGUUAACUGUGAAAUUUUUAUGUUGUACAGCAGCUAGUGUUCCUUGUUAUUUCAACUGUAGUAACUUCUUCAGCUUCUUUAUGGCUAGAAUUUCUCACAUUGUGUGUAAUUCGUAUGGAAUUAAACGAUGUGUUCAUUCUCUGCUAUAGUCUAUAGGUGAAACGAUAUUUUACAACUGGUCUUUCUUCUGCUUCAUUUUCUACCUUUUUUGUUUUUAAGUGGUAACAGUAUGCAACUACAGGAUUGGGGUUGCAAUGUAAGAGGUCUUUGCAACAGUUCAUAAACUUGCAAAACUCAAUUGAACGGCUGAUUAAGGUUUCAUUUCUUUGGAGAGCAUAAUGUUGGUUAGCGGUGAUUAUGAUCUGAGUUUAUCAUUGCGGUAUGAGGAACCUGUGAAAGAAGCUCUCAAGGAGACAAUACUCAGGCAAGAAUACACGUUCAAGAAGCAGGUUUAUGAACUUCACCGUCUGUACGACACACAAAUGAUCAUGAUGAAGGAUCUGAGUUGGAAAGAGUUGGAUGCAGUUUAUUUUAGCAGAGAAGGCCGACAAGCAAAUCCAGGUGCAUUUGGAAAUUGUAUCAGACCUUCAUCUAUGCCAGCAGAGAAGAGAAUUUGCAGCGUCCCUAAGGUGUUCAACUGGUUACAAGAGCAGCGAGGCACCUUUCCAGGUUUCCAGCAACAGCUUUCUAAUCCUCAAAUUUGUUCCCCUCAUUAUCUUGAUCCUAUUGCGGGGAAGAACAUGGCUAAGAGACAUGGUUUGUGCAGUAGUCGAGAGAAUUCAAUUGAGAGAAACCAUUAUUACUAUGGUGGUGUCGUACAUCGUCCUGAGGAGGUUAAUCUAUCACUGACCAUUGGUAGGAACCAUCUGAAAACAAGUGCCAGAACAAAAACUUUUAAUCAUAUAAUUGAUUUAGAGGAAUCAGAUGAAACACUGCCUGAUACUAAAACAGGUGGCCGAUCAAAGACUUGGAAAAAUAUUAUUGAUUUAGAGGAAUCGUACCUCACAGUGUCUAAUGGAGAACUAAAGCCCAAGUCUCCUCUGGAGCCUGUAGCUCAUGUUUCUUAUUCUGGAUAUAAGCGUGAUGACCAAUCCACCCACAGCUUCAAUAACAACAUUAAGAAUAAUUGGUUUGAUGGGACUCCAAGAAAUUAUUUUGUUUCAAAUAGCAGCAUGAGUUGUGUGGAGCAGAACUCUUUCGCUGAAGGAGUUGAACAAUGUGAGGGGCCUCUCCUCUCCAAAGAUAUAUCAGCAAAGAGAAAAAUUAUUUUUUCUGAUGAACGGGCUUUUCUGGACCUUAACAAAUCCUUGCCUGAUGAUUCUAAUUGGAGAGAGCAAAAUGAUAACGGUUCAAAUGAGAUCUCUGCUUUUGUUCACCAAAGAAUCCUUAAUUCUGCAACUGGAAGCAGCAGCAGUGGUUAUAAAAGUAUGGAGAAUGUUGGAGUUGACCAGUUCUCCAUAAACCUCAAUCGGCCACUUUCAAAAAAUAGUGGUAGUCCUUGCAGCCUGAUUAAGAAUUUCGAUUACAAGAAAUCAGACUUGACCGUAGAAUUUCAGGAUAGGGAUGAUCAAGCUCCAAGUACACCAGAAACAAAAGUUAAGAAUGCCAAGCAAGAUGCAAUAUCUUCUCCUGAAUGUAAGACUCAAAAUAUUGUUAAGGAUACUGAUUCUGACAGAUCUCCUUCGUCAAGCAAAUCUUCUUGUCUUGAGGACAUAUCAAGUGCCGUAGAGACCAUGCAAUCUGGAACUCGGUUAGGAAAUUCAAGUUCCUUCCACUGUAAUGCAUUUCAAAAUUGUGAAACACUUAAAGCAAAUAAAUCUCCGCACCAGGAGGAUGUCGACUCUUCCAGUAACAGUGAUGAGCAUAAGGGAAGAAUAUCAAAUGUUGAUGAUCUGAUCGUAAGGGGAGCAGUGUCUCUCGUCUAUCUUGCACUGGAAUGUGCUGAACCAUGCGACACUUACGGGAUGAAGAAGAUUGAAGGUGAAACUAUGGAACAGCCACAGAGUUCUUUGGACAGUUUUGAAGAAAUGGUGCUCAAACAACCUGAAAGUUCAGUUGACGACUAUUGUGUGACCUCAAAUGCAUUUGAAGUUAACGACACAGAAGGAAAGGACAAUGGAAUAACAUUGAAGAGAGGAAGGAGAAUGAAAGAUUUUCAGAGGGACAUUUUGCCAAGCUUAGCAACACUAUCUAGGCAUGAGAUUUGUGAGGAUAUAAAGAUUAUGGAGACAGCACUUAGAUCAAGAGAAUACAAGAGACUUAGGUCCAAGACGACAAGCGGACACAGUUGGUUCAAUCCUGUGAGAAAUAGGAGGUCUAGACUCAACUACGUAGGCCGCAAGCAUUAUUCAUGAACUAUUGAUUUGAUCAUUGGUAGUAGGAGCAAAUAGUGACCAAUUUUAGCACUGAAAGAUAGAUCAAGGAGCUUUUUUUGAAACUUGUGACUCUUGACCAUGAUACUAUUUUUUGAACUUCUUUGUUAAGAGUUCAAUUUCACAGCAUA